AUGAAAGAAAUUCCUGACAAUGAAAUCCUUAGAAACCUCAAAUUAAGUUACGUCUCUUUACAAGGUGACCAUGACAAAGAUUUAUUUCUUGAUAUUGCUUGCUUUUUUGUUGGGAAGGACAAAGACUCCACAAUCACAAUCUUGAAUGGAUGUGAUUACCACACAUUGGUUGGAAUCGAAAAUCUCAUUGACAGGAAUCUUUUGACAGUUGAUAUGCAUAACAAGCUGGUGAUGCAUCAGCUGAUUCAAGAAAUGGGAAGGGAAAUUGUUCGGCAAGAAUCACCUAAGGGCACCCAAAAAAUCACAGGCCUUGUUCUUGAUAUGCAUUUCUUGAAAGAAGAUAAAUCUGUAGGGAACAGCUUGGGGCACCGUAAAGAAAGCAGUUCCAAAAAGCGCAAGAGAUGUCACUUUGAAAUCUUCUCCGGUCUUCUUGAAGGCACUGCUAACAUAAAUUCUAAUGAAGUAGUUUUGGAAGUUGAUGCAUUUGCAGGGAUGUCCAACCUACAACUUCUACAAAUUAGUGAUGUACAACUCUGUGGCAAGUAUAAAAAGUUUCCGAAGGGAUUACGAUGGUUGUAUUGGUCUCACUGUCCUUUACAAUCAACACCUAAUGAUUUCGCUUUUGACAAGCUGGUUGCUCUUCAGAUGCCUUACAGUUCCUUGAAAAAUGUUUUCAAUGGAGCCAAGUGCCCUGCAGUAGUAUUGAAGAUCCUUGAUCUAAGUCAUUCUCGUAACCUUUUUGCGACUCCUGAUUUCUCAAUGCUACCCAAUCUCGAGAGACUUGUACUUAAAAAUUGUACAAGGUUGGUUAAGGUUAAUGAAUCAAUCGGACUCCUACAAAGACUUGUUUUCUUAAACUUAAGGAACUGUCAAAAGUUGAAGAAGCUUCCGAAAGCCAUUUGUAAGCUAAAAUCUCUGGAAACACUUGACAUUUCCGGUUGCAUAAAUCUUGAAGAACUUCCAACAGAGCUUGGGAAUAUGGAUUCUCUGACAGUGCUUCUUGCGGAUAGAACAACAAUCACUCUGGAGGUCAAAGCUUGGAAUUUCUCCGUGUGGCCUUGGUCGUCGAAUUUAAGACCAAAUCCAAAAAUUUCAUGGGUUUCUUUUCCCCCGUCUUUGGUAUAUUUAAGUAUAGCAAAUUGCAAUUUAUUUGAUGACACUUUCGCCAGGGAAUUUGGCAACUUAUCUUCAUUGCAGCUACUAAAUUUGAGCAUGAAUCCAAUUUGUAGCCUCCCCAAUUGCGUCAAGGAUCUUCCUAGUCUCCGGGUUCUGUGGUUAGACUCAUGCCCAAGCCUUCGGUCACUUGAGCUGCGGAAAAAAAUGGAAAAACUAUCUGUCAAUGAUAGUAAAUCGUUAGAAAAAAUAACCUUUCAAUCAGGGCGCAGCAUUUCAUGUGUAAAUGAUGGUGGUUGUAUGAGUCUAUUUGAGAUUGAGGGCAUAUUCAAGUUAGAACCCUUAGAAAGGGUUGACGCAGAGCUAAUAAAUUAUUUGGGCUUAUGUGACUUUGAAGCUAUGGAUAAACCACCUGUGCGACUUUUACGCUGUUGUUCAACAAAGAUGAGGACUGUUCGUCACUUGGGAAUUUACGAACGUCAUACAUUUUACACUUAUCUGCGGGGAAGCAAUGUUCCGAUGAAGUUUAUUCUUAAGAACGUGGGAUCCUCAAUAUCUUUUACCAUACCUUCUGAUGUUAAUUUCAGAAUUCAAGGCUUGUCUGUGUGUUCUGUUUAUGUUACCAGUUAUCCUCUGCACAGCCGGUUCCCACACAUAAUUAUCAAUAAUGCAACCAAGCAUUUGACAUGGAGCUUUUGUCCACAUUUCGUUGCCAUUCCUGGGGCUGAUGAGGACUUCUUGUGGUUAAGUUAAUGGAAGUUUGAGGAUCUGUUAGAAGGUGGUGAUGAGCUGAAUAUUUCGAUUAUUACAACCAAAGUUUUCCAUGUGAAGGAGAUUGGCGUCCAUCUUGUGUACAAGGAGGCACAGGAAAAGAAGAGCACCCAAUGUACCAGUUUAGAAGUUGCCCAACAAAUCCAUCCCUAUGGAAAGGUAGUUCCUGGUUGUUGUAAUGGUAGUUGCUUGAAGUGCAAGAAUUAUCCUGUGCCUGCAAAUCCUGCGAGCACUAGAGUCAUUCGUCUUGGCAUUCACGAUGACAAUUGUUGGGAUUGCCCUGAAGGUUAUUUGGUAAGCCUUCAGGGAGUACAAUUCCUUCUGAACCUCUAAUUGUUUUGCGUAAGAAAUUAAUUCACAAAAAAUAAAGAGAGCGAAGAUAUUAUUUUAGCCUUGAAUUUGUUUUGACUCUGGCUUUAAUUCCAAGCAGCUCACAUAUAGAGCCCAAUAAGCAAUCAAAAUGUCAUUGGUAACCCUAUUGCUUGAGUGCUGUUGAUAACCGUAGUGUAGUUAUAUGUUUGUUUAGAGUUCUGCUUUGUUAUUAAUUGUAACGGCUUGCCCUUGUCUUUA